UCACGUGGGGCUCCCGGCUGGCUCGGCACCGCGUUCCUGCUACUCGAAUCCCCCUCGCGGACCACGAAGCCGUUGCACCCGCCACGCGGCUCGACAACUUCACGCCGGUUAAACAAACGGGUUAACGGAAAGUUCCAGCGGCGAGCUGUCGAGAUGGCGGAGGAACUUGAGAAGAUUCUCUCGCAGCUGACUGAACCGGACAAUGCUGUCAUUCAGCAGGCCACUGCCCAGCUGAAAAAGGCUUUCAAAGACCCAGCCAUUAUACCGGCCCUGUGUGCUGUCAUGAGUGGCAGCCAAAACCCCCAGAUUCGUCAGUCAGCGGCUGUGAUGCUGAGGUUGAGAGUGAAGAAACACUGGAAGAAGAUUUCCCCUGAAGAUAGAGAGAGCUUAAAGGCUGUCGUGCUGCAGGUCUUCAUGCAGGAAACCGAGCACACAGUGCAGCACUCGCUCUCCCAACUGUGCGCAGUGAUGGUUAAACAUGAGACACCGGACCGUUGGCCCGCCCUUCUGCAACUACUCAAUCAAGCCACCAAGAGCAGCAACCCUCGUGACAGACAGGUUGGCCUCCUGCUGCUGAAUAAGGUGAUGGACGCCAAUCCGGAGCCUUUUAAGCCUCACUACUGCCAGCUGCUACAGCUGUUUAGUACUGUGCUCCAGGACCACAACAACCCAACGGCCCUGUACUACUGCAUCCUCACCCUCACAUCUAUUACUGCAUACACUGGAAAAGAAGAGAGUAACCAGAUGCGCGCUAUCAUCCCAAGUCUGAUUGUCGCUCUACAGCACCUCAUCAAGGCCGAUCAGCGCCAAGCUGGCGAGGCCAUGGAGGUGUUAAAUGAGCUCAUGGAUACUGAGAUGUCCAUCAUUGUCCCUCAUGCUGCUGCCAUUGUCCGCUUCUGCUUGGAGGUGGGUAGUGACGCCACGCUGAGUGACUCUCUGCGGGUGAAAGCGCUUUCUUGUAUUGCCUUCCUUAUCAAGUUGAAGAGCAAGACGGUGCUGAAGCAGAAGCUGCUGAACCCCAUCCUGCAGUCCAUCUUCCCUGUGCUAAAUGCUGCUCCUCGCCCUGGUGAGCAAGACCCAGAGGAUGCAGAGGAUGACAGCGGAGAUGGCACCGAUAAUGACAAUCCCAAACACUGUGCUGCUCAGAUUAUUGACACGAUGGCCCUCCAUAUGCCCCCAGAAAAACUAUUUGAACAACUGAUGCCCCUCACCCUGACCUCCCUUGCCAGUGAAAACCCCUAUGAGAGGAAAGGGGGUCUCAUGUGUCUCGCUGUGCUAGCUGAGGGCUGUGCGGACCACAUACGCACCAAGAUGCUGUCAUCAGUACUGCAGACAGUGUGCCAGAGUCUUUCUGACAGUAACCAGGUGGUGCGCAGCGCCGGCCUUUUUGCCCUGGGACAGUUCUCUGAACACUUACAGCCUGAAGUGAGCCAGUACUGUUCUGAGUUGAUGCCUUUGCUGCUGGGCUACCUUUCAUCCUUGAACCAGGCAAAGGUCGGCCAUGUCACUAAGGCCUUUUAUGCACUAGAGAACUUCAUGGAGAACCUUGGAGCAGAUAUUGAGCCCUACCUGCCCACCCUGAUGGACACCAUGUUGUCUGCUCUCAACAACGCUGAAAACUUAAAGAUAAAAGAACUUGCUGUGUCUGCUAUUGGUGCCAUAGCCAAUGCUGCCCAUCAGCUGUUGGUCCCCUACUUCCUUCCAGUUAUUGAAAGUCUUAAGGGCUUCCUUACUGCCACCACAGAGGAAAUGAGGUCUCUGCAAACUCAGUCCCUGGGUACUCUGGGCGCGCUGGCACGUGCCGUCGGCAACGAUGUCUUCGGUCCUCUCGCUGCCGAGUGUGUUCAGCUGGGCCUCAACCUCACCGACACCAUCGAUGACCCUGACUUGAGACGCUGCACGUACAGUCUGUACUCUGCUGUGUCCACAGUCAGCCCGGACUGCCUCACUCCUCACCUCACUGCCAUUACAACAGUCAUGCUGCUCGCUCUCAAGUCCAGCGAGGGCAUUACGCCACACGUUGAGGAGGACAAGACCUUUGUCCUGCUGGACGACGAUGACGACGACGAUGACAACCCCGACAACGAGCAAUUUCUGGAGGAUGAGCCUGCGACGGAUAUCCACGACGCUUCGGGAUAUAUUGUAGAAAACUCCUACAUCGACGAGAAGGAGGAUGCCUGUGAUGCACUGGGAGAGAUUGCCUUAAGCACCGGUGUUGCCUUCCAGCCCUUCCUGGAGUCUAGCUUCCAGCAGGUCUACAAGUUGAGAGAUUUUCCCCAUGAGGACGUCCGCACAGCAGCAUUUGGAGCCAUGGGUCAGUUCUGUCAAGCUCAGCAUAAAGUCUGGCAGGAGAGUCCCACUGAGGCCAACCACCAAGUCUUGCAAAAAUUGCUGGAUGUGGUGCUUCCUUGCUUCGUGGAAGCCGUGCGGAUGGAGAACGAGCGCCAGGUUGUGAUGGGCGUCCUGGAGACAAUGAACAAUGUCAUGAAGUCUUGCAAGGAGGAGGUUUUCAAAGACCCUUCUCGCCUUAAGGAGAUCAGCAAUGUCAUCCGCGAUGUGCUCAAGCAAGCGACUGCCUGUCAGGGCGAUGAUAGUGAUGAAACUGAGGAUGAAGAGCAACAGGCCGAGUACGAUGCCAUGCUGCAGGAGUAUGCUGGAGAAGGAAUUCCCCUCGUGGCCGCCUGUGUGCCUGCAGACAGCUUUGCCCCUUUCCUCAACGACGUGCUGCCUGUCCUCCUGAGCAAAGCUAAAUCCUCGUGCACGGUGGCCGACAGGUCCUUUUCCGUGGGUACGAUCGGAGAGAUCCUGCAGGCUCUUGUGAGCGUGUCCGGGGGCCAGAGAGUGGCGAGCAAACUGUCCAAGCGGCUGCUUCCUGUGCUGGUAGCCGGAGUGAGAGACAGCGAUUCUGAGGUUCGCAACAACAGCGUCUUCGGACUGGGGUGUCUGGCCCAGGCCACCGGACCCAUUUGCGUGUCGGACUAUCCCAUGAUGCUCUCCGUGUUUUCCAACAUGCUGACCAGAGAGUCCAACCUCCGGGUGAUUGACAACCUGUGUGCCGCCCUCUGCAGGAUGAUCAUGACCAACGUGGAGGCCAUUCCUCUUGAGCAGGUCCUUCCCGCUCUGGUGGCUCAUCUGCCCCUCAAAGAGGACUUGGAGGAGAACAAGACUGUGUUCAGCUGCCUGGCCAUGCUCUACACACACAGGCCGGAUAUGGUUGUGAACCUGAUGAAGCCCAUUGUUGCGGCUUCCAGUCACGUCCUCGGCUCAAAGGAUGUCGAUAAAGAGACGGAGCACAUUUUGGUCGUGCUGAUGAAAGAAUUUGCCCUGCAACACUCCGCAGACUUCCAAGCAGCUGUGACCUCACUUCCUGUAGAGCAGCAGGCCAAACUCGGCGCGGCCGUGUCCACCUCAUAGCCCACACACAUCCUUCCACUCUGUGUGAAACCAGCUAAAACAAUACAUUUUUAUACGUAGGUGGAAAAAGGGAUGGGCAUUUUCAACAUCUCUCAAAACGGUUUGAAUACAGCACUUCAUCAAUCUUAUAGUUAUUAAAUUUGAGUAAUUCUUCUGA